AUGUUAAUAUUAUUACUAAUAGGUGCUGCGCUCGCUACUCAAAGAGACCCGGCCGCGGAUCAAAUAGUCAUGUUCAAAGAAAAUACACCAGGUCCCAUCGGGAUAAUGACUACGAGCUCUGGCGCGCCCGUGGAGCACGAAGAAGCAACGAAUACAUUGAACAGCAGGUUGAUCUUCAAUGAGUUCUUUAUGGACUCCAUAACACAUCUCGUGCGCGAAAGAAUACCGGAACGAAUAGUGCACGCGAAAGCAGGUGGGGCGUUCGGUUAUUUUGAAGUUACACAUGAUAUAACACUUAUUUGUAAAGCAAAAUUGUUCAGUAAAGUUGGCAAGAGAACACCUGUGGCUGCAAGAUUUUCACCCGUGGUAGUGGAGAGAGGUGGAAGUGAUACAUCCAGGGACGCCCGAGGUUUUGCUGUUAGAUUUUAUACUGAAGACGGGAAUUUUGAUAUUGUUGGUUUUAAUACACCUAUGUUUGUUUUGAAAGAUCCACUACUUUUUCCUACUUUCGUAAGAGCACAAAAGAAAAAUCCCGCGAAUAAUCUCUUUGAUCCUAAUAUGCUUUGGGACUUUCUAACACUACAACCGGAGAGCUUGCACAUGUUUUUAUUGGUAUUUGGGGAUCGUGGCAUACCAGACGGUUACCGGCACAUGCCUGGAUUUGGUAUUCAUACUUUCCAAGUUGUUAAUGAACAUGGGGACAUUCAUUUCAUAAGAUUUCAUUUCACGCCUGAUGCUGGCAUCAAAAACUUGAGAUCGGAAGAAGCUAGAAAAAUUGGAGCAGAAGAUGCGGACUACAACACUAGAGAGUUAUAUAGGGCCAUAGGAAACGGUGAAUUCCCAAGCUGGACAGUUAGCAUACAGGUGCUGAGUUUGGAUGAAGUGAAAACAGCUGGAUUCAACGUAUUUGAUGUAACUCUUGUUCUCCCAUUGGACGAAUAUCCACUCAAAAAGUUAGGGAAAUUCGUGUUAAAUAAAAAUGCAGUAAAUUACUUUGCUGAAAUAGAGCAGCUUGCUUUCUCUCCCGCUAAUUUAGUUCCGGGAAUACUGGGUGCACCUGAUAAGUUGUUUGAAGCCCGCCGUUUGUCGUACAGGGAUGCACAAUAUUACCGUCUUGGAGCAAAUUUCAAUAAUAUCCCAGUGAAUUGUCCGUUUAGAACCGAAGUUUUUGCUUACAACAGAGAUGGAAGGCCACCUGUGAAGGAUAAUGGUAAAGAUUCGCCAAACUAUUUCCCCAAUUCGUUCCACGGGCCAGUACCAUAUAUUGAUAAAAAUAAAGGCCACCUCAUAGAAAUUGUGGAAGAGAAGGCAAAUAAUUUCAGACAAGCGAGAGAACUGUAUGUGAAUGAAAUGACUAGUGAGGAGAGGAACAGGUUGGUGGAAAAUAUUUUAUACAGCUUAGGACCGGCGACCCAGUUCAUUAAAGACAGAGCGGUCAAAGUGUUCAUGCUCAUUCAUCCAGAUCUUGGCACGCGCGUAGAACACGGGCUGUCCGCAAACGGGACAAACAAACUGACCAGUUACGAGUCUUAUUGGAAAUAA